AUGAUUGACGGCCUUAAGUUCCAGUUGGACAGCAGUAGCAGUAGCAGCAGUUUGGGUACCGUCAGUAGCAGUAGCAGCAGUUUGGGUACCGUCAGUAGCAGUAGCAGCAGUUUGGGUACCGUCAGUAGCAGUAGCAGCAGUUUGGGCACCGUCAGUAGCAGUAGCAGCAGUUUGGGUACCGUCAGUAGCAGUAGCAACAGUUUGGGUACCGUCAGUAGCAGUAGCAGCAGUUUGGGUACCGUCAGUAGCAGUAGCAACAGUUUGGGUACCGUCAGUAGCAGUAGCAGCAGUUUGGGUACCGUCAGUAACAGUAGCAGCAGUUUGGGUACCGUCAGUAGCAGUAGCAACAGUUUGGGUACCGUCAGUAGCAGUAGCAACAGUUUGGGUACCGUCAGUAGCAGUAGCAACAGUUUGGGUACCGUCAGUAGCAGUAGCAACAGUUUGGGUACCGUCAGUAGCAGUAGCAACAGUUUGGGUACCGUCAGUAACAGUAGCAGCAGUUUGGGUACCGUCAGUAGCAGUAGCAACAGUUUGGGUACCGUCAGUAGCAGUAGCAACAGUUUGGGUACCGUCAGUAGCAGUAGCAACAGUUUGGGUACCGUCAGUAGCAGUAGCAGCAGUUUGGGUACCGUCAGUAGCAGUAGCAACAGUUUGGGUACCGUCAGUAGCAGUAGCAACAGUUUGGGUACCGUCAUCAAUGGUUUAAGCAACAGUAGCCGUUGCUACAACAAAUGCAACAACAGAAACAGCUGCAACGGGUCACGCUUGAGAAACCAAAGUAGCAUUAUUAGGGCAACUUCGUUCUCUGGCUAUAAAUAA